GCAGUCUUUGUAAACAGGAAGAACUGUAAGGAAGUUGAAUCAGUUGAACGAGAGAGUUCUCGUUAAGUGGACGAGUCAGUGAUCUGUCGUGCAGCUGUACAGUUCCACAUUGGAAUAGUAAACAAGCAGCUUGGCACGUAAUCCGAUAAGAUUUUAUAACCACCCAAAAAAAUCGCGUUCAGCAAGAGCGUGAUAUAGCAAGCACAAAAGAGUCUGCCUCUUGUUGUGUAUCCAGGUUUAUCACUUACUCGUUAUAACAGUUUCAUGUUGCAGCUCCUAUACCGUUUAGCGUACCGACAACGCACUGCGAGUACAGUACAGUAAAGGUUCAGGAAUUCGAGACUAUGGAGGCAGCGCGGCGUGAGCAGGCGGAGCGCAGCGGCACAACCGGGAGUCGGACGUUUAUCAGCGGAGUGGUUGAGGGUUUCUAUGGGCGACCUUGGACUAUGGAUCAAAGAAAAGAGCUUUUCCGGAAGGAACAGAAAUGGGGAUUGAACACAUACUUAUAUGCUCCAAAAGAUGAUUACAAGCACAGAAUGUUUUGGAGGGAGAUGUAUUCACCAGAAGAAGCAGAGCAACUUCGGACCCUCAUUGCUGCUGCAAAGGAGCAUGGUGUGGAUUUCAUUUACGCCAUCUCCCCUGGGCUAGACAUGACCUUCACCAACCCCAGAGAGGUUGGCACACUGAAGAGGAAGCUGGAUCAGGUGUCUGGCUUUGGGUGCAGGUCGUUCGCCCUGCUGUUUGACGACAUUGAUGCCGAAAUGUGCGCGGCAGACAGGAAGGUGUUCAGCUCCUGCGCUCACGCCCAAGUUUCUCUCACUAAUGAAAUCUUUCAGCACCUCGGGGCACCCAAGACAUUUCUGAUCUGCCCUACAGAUUACUGUGGGGCAUUUUGCUCUCCCAAUGUUCGGGAGUCACCUUACUUGCGAACCAUUGGUAACAAUCUCCUUCCGGACAUUGAUGUGCUUUGGACAGGGCCCAAAGUUGUGUCAAACACUAUUCCUGUCGAGUCCAUCGAGGAGGUGUCUAAAGUUCUGAAAAGGGCACCGGUUAUUUGGGACAACAUCCACGCCAAUGACUAUGACCAGAAGAUGAUCUUCCUGGGCCCCUACAAGGGCAGGUCUACAGACCUCAUCCCCAGACUGAGGGGGGUCCUGACCAACCCAAACUGCGAGUAUGAACCCAACUUCGUCGCCAUCCAUACCCUUGCCACUUGGUGCAAGUCGCACAAAAACGGCAUACGGAAAGAUGUUGUCAUGGCAGAGGGCGGCAGUGGCAGGGAGCCGGGGAAGGAGGAGGCGCAGGAGGAGGAGCUGUACAGCCCGCGGCAGGCCCUGCGGCUCGCUCUCACAGAGUGGCUGGAGGAGUUUGGGGAGCCCUGCCAGUACGGCAAGGGGGCGCAAGAGGAGCCCAUGGACACGGAUAAAAUGGGCAACAGCGAGGGCGGCGUGGCUGCCAUGCAGACGGACGAGGAGGCAGGCCCCUACAGGCCGGGGCCCGAGGAGCAGCCCCUAUACACGGCCGAGCCCCUGACCCUGGGGGACUUGGCUCUGAUGGCCGACCUCUUCUACCUGCCCUACGAGCACGGCCCUCAGGCAGUGGCCAUGCUGAAGGAGCUUCACUGGCUCAGGUCCAACAGCGGCGUCCUGGGUCAGGGACCCAAGGACCAGGAGGUUGUGGAGUGGCGGUCCAGGGCCAAAAUGUUUGAGGAAAUGUACGAGGCAGUCAGCAAGAUGUACACCAGAGUCUGCAACUCGGCCAACAGGAACCUGGUUUAUGACCUGUACCCCUAUAUCUUGGAAAUAAAGAGCAUCACAUCCGUGGCCAAAGAGUUUGUGAACUGGUUAGGCUCUCAGACCAAGUCGCCCGCACAGUUCUUAGGCGGAGACCAAGAGCCCUUUUCCUUCAAAGGUGGUAUAACGGGGGAGUUCCAGCGGAUGGUGCCAAACGAUGGGGCUCAUGACCUUUUUCCCCGGCCAGUCCCAGCCCCCAGAACGUACUCCGUGAGGCCCUACUUACCCAUGGACGAGGCUGCAGUGAAUAAGAUGAUCAGAGACCUGCACAAUGAGGGGGCGGCCAGCCCUGCCACCCCAGGACACUCAUACUCAAUGGGAGACAGACUCGGGGGUCCCCAUAGUAGCCCACUGUGGUGCACCGUUUCUCCCCAAAGGCUGACAGAGGGAGCGCUUGGCUUCAACCCCGACCACGGCUUCAUCCUGGAGGACGGAGAGGGCAUCUGCGGCUAUGCCCUGGGAGCCGCUCAUGCCAAAAAAGUCCUGGAAAAGGACAAGACGAGCCGGACCCCGACAACCCAGAUGAAACAUGGGAAGUCUGAUGCUGAGAAGGGUGUGACUGAGGGAAUGAUGAGGAACCUUCCAGAAGCAUUCCUUGCACGUUUCCCCAGCCUGAUCAAAGCACAAAUCCACACCAUGGUCAUAGAUCCCAGCGGGGCAAAGAGAAUGAUGGGAUGCCUACUCUCUUCACUGAAAUCCAGUGGCUCACAAGGUGCUUUCUGUGCAGUGAAGCAGAGCGAUACAAGAAUGCUGGACCUAUACAGAGCACUGGGCCGCUUUGAAGAGGUUAAAGUCGAAGGAGUCCAAAAUGAUGUGAUCAUAAUGGGAAGGAGCCUGUGAUGGCAUAAAUGCACACACAGGAGAUAGAUGUUAAUCUGUGGUUUUAAUGUAAAAAAAUAAUAAUAAUAAUAAUAAUAAUAAAUAAAUCUGAAAAAACACUCAAAUUACUACUGGCUCUCCGUGACAUUGAAGAGCUCAAGAACUCAGGGAGAGAAAACAAAAUGUCUGCUUAAAUUUUAUGAUGCUUUCUUAAUUUGGGGUCCCCCUUAAUGGCUCCAGAUUGAGGAGAAAUGCUUGCACAAGCAUUUGCCUUCUCAGCUCUCAUUAUGUGAAUCAGCGGGUGCUGAAUUCAUGGGCAGCUUAAUGCUAUCUGGAUGUUUUUGAAUAAACAGAGAACACAUUACACACAUCAGCACUAUACGCAGGGAAUAUGAUGGAUGAGACGAAAAAUAAGUCAAUGAAAGUGAUCUGCAAGGGAAAGUCAAACUGACAUAAGAAAAACACUACAAUUUGAAAGAUGACUGAUCAAAAAUACAUUUAAUUACAAAAUUUGAGGCGCAGAUAUCUGCAUUCCUCCACUAGUACAGGCAGUAUGAUCAUUGAUUACUUAGUUUCAUGGAUGUAUAAUUCAUGAAAUUGAAGUUCUGCUCAAGUUUAAGUGUGCAAAAUGUACUUUUGUAAGAGGAAUAAACAUCUAUUUUCUUGUUUCAUCUUCCAUUUUCCUUUUCUACAUCCGUUCAGUCCCUUUAAAAUGUCUCUGUAAAGAGCAAUGUACAAUAAAAUCACCCUUGAAUAGUAUAUUACUAAUCAAUAAUUGGGUAUAGGUUGUGUAUCGGCUGCACAGAUUGUUUGAAUACUUCAAUGCAGGAGAUUCAUGUUUGUUUAUUGAUGUUUCAGUUUAGAAAUGUUUCUCUUAACUGGACAAGAUUUGCUUGACAGCAUGACCCUGUUAACUGAUGAAGCAAAACGUUAGUUGUAGUAAUUAUCUCCUUUACUAUUUCAGUAACCUACAUUGAGGUUUACAUGGAUGUAGAAAUGCAAUAAAAAGAUCUCUUAUCUCUUAUUUUCUCAAUCAAA